AUGAAGACGCCGCCGCCCACCCACAAACCGCCCAAGGGCCGAGACCAGCCAGCUCGUAUGACCAAGUCAUCGAGAGUCACUAAAUCCGCUGGUGAAAAAUCCACUCGUGCCACCCAACGUGGUCCUGCGCCGCCUCCAAUUACCCAGGCCCCUCCCAAAGAGGCUACCAACUCCGGUGACGACGAUGACCUUGAUGACUCCGACCAGAUCUUCAUUGAAGCUCUACUUGCCAAUGUCCCGGACAAGCUACAAGGCGAUGACAUCUCUGGCGAAGCCCUAGCGGCGAACCACCUCGAACGCGCGAAGGCUAUGAGCGAUGGCAUCCUCGAGUGCUUCGCCCAUUGCAUUCGCCCGGCGGUUGAUGACAGAGUCAAGGUGUUGAUGGACCUUUGGGGAGACGAUCAUGACCGUGUGCAACACGAUAUGGUCCGGGAAGCGCAAUCAAUCGCGCGUGUCAUCAACAACUGGAUGGAGAGGAAAUGGCAGGUACACAUUUGA